AUGUACACCUUCCUUCCUGAGAACUUCACACCAGUGAAGCAGAAGCCCUCCAAGGAGCUGAGGCCCAUGCUUGGGGCAAUCUUGCUGGGCCUCACCCUGUUCAUUGCAGCAGUGGUGGCCUGGUGCUACUACACGGUGUCCCUGCGGAAGGCAGAGCGGCUCAAGACAGAGCUGAUGGACCUGCGGGCAGAUGGCUUUGUCAUCAGGAACCAGCCCGGGGAGGUGGUCUUCCGGCUGGCCUUCCGCUCAGGCAGCCUCAACCUGGAGUCCUGCUCCAAGGAGGGUGAGAUUUUGAGCUGCACGCGGUCCAGCAGGGGCCCGCUCAACUUCUUCAUCCAGACAGUGAAGCCCAAGGACACGGUGAUGUGCUACCGUGUGCGCUGGGAGGAGCUGGCGGACGGCCCGGCGGUGGAGCACACGAUGUUUUGGGAGGACGCCCACUGGUACGGGGGCUCAGAGAUGAGCACCCAGCACUGGCCCAUCCGCCUGGCCGGCUACCAGGAGCCCAUGCCCUACGUCACGAGUGAUGUCUACUCUUUCCGCGACAGCUUUGGGGGCAUCCUUGAGCGCUACUGGCUCUCCUCCAAGGCAGCAGCCAUCAAGAUCAACGACUCUGUGCCCUUCCACCUGGGCUUCAACGCCACUGAGCGUGCCCUCUUCUUCCAGGCCCGCUACAAGGACUCGCCAUACAAGCCCCCGCCAGGGCAGCCACCGUUCCCCGAGCUCAGCUACCGAGUCUGUGUGGGCUCUGACGUCACUUCCAUCCACAAGUACAUGGUGCGCAGGUACUUCAAUAAGCCCUCCAAGAUCCCUGCUGAGAAUGCCUUCCGAUACCCCAUUUGGUCCACCUGGGCUCUCUACAAGAAUGAUAUCGACCAGGAUAAACUCUUGAGAUUUGCUGAAAAGAUCAAGAAAUACCGAUUUAACUGCAGCCACAUUGAAAUUGACGACAUGUACACACAAGCCUAUGGAGACUUUGACUUUGACCCUGUGAAGUUCCCCAAUGUGACAGAGAUGUUUGCAAAACUGAGGGAAGAUGGAUUUAAGGUCACCCUAUGGACUCACCCUUUCAUAAACUACAAUUCCUCCAAUUUUGGGGUGGGAAUUGAGCGACAGCUGUUCAUUAAGGAGCCAUCGGGACGGCUGCCAGCCAUGGUGGAAUGGUGGAAUGGCAUUGGGGCCAUCCUGGACUUCACCAACCCAGCAGCCCGUGACUGGUUCCAGAGCCACCUGCGCCAGCUCCGACACAAAUAUGGAAUCUCAUCCUUCAAGUUUGAUGCGGGCGAGACCAGCUACCUGCCCAAGCAGUUCAGCACCUUCCGCCCACUCUCAGACCCCAGCAUCUGGUCACGACGCUACACGGAGAUGGCAAUCCCCUUCUAUGAGCUGGCCGAGGUGCGGGUUGGCUACCAGUCACAGAAUAUCUCCUGCUUCUUCCGCAUCAUUGACCGUGACUCUGUCUGGGGCUAUGAGCUGGGCCUCAAGUCCCUCAUCCCCACAGUACUCACCAUCAGUAUGCUGGGAUACCCAUUCAUAUCUGCUGACAUGAUUGGGGGGAAUUUUUUCCCCAACAAGACAGAUGGUGCGGUGGAGAUCCCUGACCGGGAGCUGUACGUGCGGUGGCUGGAGCUGUCAGCCUUCAUGCCCUCCAUGCAGUUCUCUAUUCCGCCCUGGCUCUAUGACAAAGAAGUGGUGGAGAUUGCGCAGAAGUUCACAGAGCUCCAUGAAUCACUGGUGGCCCCGCUGCUGCUGGAGCUGGCUGGAGAGGUCACCGACACAGGCGAUCCCAUCAUCCGUCCCAUCUGGUGGAUAUCACCCCGUGACGAGGCUGCUCACAGGAUUGACUCCCAGUUCCUCAUUGGGGACACCCUCAUGGUGGCACCCGUCCUGGAGAUGGGCAAGCAGGAGCGUGACGUCUACCUGCCAGCGGGCAAGUGGCGCAGCUACAAGGGGGAAUUGUUUGAGAAGACCCCGGUGCUGCUCACAGACUAUCCUGUCGACCUGGAUGAAGUUGCCUAUUUCCUCUGGGUUUCCUAAGGGGCUUCUCCAUCUGCUUUGGAAUAACCAUGCCUUACUUAGAACUUUAUAACAAAUAAUAAUUCUAAUUGCACAUUUCAUUUCAAACUGGGGAUAAUGA